AUGAUCAAACGAGAGGUUUUCAAAUUUUUCAACAUUAAAGAAAAGAUAAUUCCUGAAAAUGUGGUCGAAGAUCUGUUCAUAGAAAAGAUGGAUGGUUGGACGGAAGAGAAGGGCGUCUUCGCUUUUUAUUUAAUUGAUAAUUAUAAAUCCAGCUACUCGCUAGAUUUCAAACAAAAAAUACUCUCAUACCUGUCUAUGGUCUUGCUCAACCCCGAUGUUGUGUCCCAGAGCAGUUUCGUGCAGGAGGCAGGCCUGCUCGUUCUCAUGAAGAGGAUACUUGACGAGUGUGAUCUUUCCUAUCAGCGGGUCUACGAUUGCUUGAAAGACCUAGCUGAGUAUGGUGAUGAGGAAAGUGCUAUGAAAAUCCUGAUCCCGUUGAUAUACCAAUGCAGCAAAGAGGCAUCGAAAUUGAAUCUUUUAGAAAAUUUUGCGAAGUAUUUGAAUGCUGUGAUGAUGCUCAUCACCAUUGAAAAGGUGCAGGUAUGGUUUUGCGAUGAAUUUAUCUGGGUCUGUGCGACUCUCAGCUGUUCGAUGGCAAUGAUUAUUAUCGUGGUUUUGUGUACGAAACGAACUGUCCGUGCUUUCUUGACGGGUUCAUGGAGGUAUUCAUCUACGAGAAAUCGGAUAUUUUACAUGUGCAGAGUUUUUCAUGUGAAAUGAUAGCUCAAAAGAUGAUGAGUCAGUUUGAAAGAAUUUAAUAUUUUUAUUUCACAUUUCUACAUACGAUAAAGCUAAAUAUUGCAG